AAUAUAAUCUCCUUUGCUUGAUAUCCGUACUUCAUUCAUAAUUUUUUUCGUUAACUUUCUCAUAACCUUUAUAUCAAUUCAUUCAUAAAACCAGUGAAUAAAGCUCCUCCCCUUUUGAAUCCGACCAAUCAGAGGUAACGGAAUAAAGCCUAAACGUAACUGGUUUUCAUAAAUAUACUGGGUAACUAUGUUUUCUAACAAGUGAAGAAUCUAAAUUUCCGAUUUACGAAGCUGUUGGAAAUUUUGAAAUAGAAAAUUCCAAUGAAAUCUAAUAUUUUUGACAUCGAAUAUGCAAGUUCUUUUGCUAUGCAGGUUGCAUAUGACAUGGAAAAUGUAAAAAAAUCUAAAGAAAAGCAUGCACAAUGUCCACAUUGCAAAUACAGUACAGAUCGAAAGAACAAUCUUAAACGACAUAUUAUAACGAUGCAUCAGGAUUCGUCCAAGAUUUUAGAAUGCUGUGAUGUUGUCUUCCAAUCGAAAGCCCUGCUGCGUGAGCAUGUCCUCUUAAACCACAGAUCAGGAUACGUAUGUAAAAUCUGCAGAAGGAACUUUUGCCGGAAAGCUUUGCUUCGACGACAUUUAUCUGUCCAUAAUGGACAGAAGGACUUCCGUUGCUCUUUGUGUUCCUACGCAACUAGUCAUAAAAGUAAUUUAGAGAGGCACCAAAAAAUUCACAAGAGACCAGGUGAAAUCCCCGAUGCCGCAGUGAAAACAGAAUUUUCUGAUUUGGAAAUGAAUGAUUCGUUCCAAAAAUUGUAUCCUCAAAAUAACUCCAAACAACAAAAACAAAAUCCUUUAGCAAGAAAAAUGCACACCAAAAUCGUAGCAAAAUACCAAUCCUUUUUCCAUCGAUGUGAAAACUUUCUUGAAGAAAACCAACAAAAUGAAACAAAAUCAAAUAUAAUCGAAACUUUUCAGGAUAACAGCAUGAAUCAAGUGAGAAAAGAAACCAUGGAAUGUCAGGAGAACUCGAGAGAGCAUAACAGUAUUACCCAUACAACGUCAGUUAAAAGGUUGUCAUGCCGGCCAUAUAAGUGUAGUUUAUGCAAUAGUGUAUUUACUAGUCAGCACCAAGAACAGGUGCAUAGCUGUGUUCACAAAAAACACGAUUUACCUAAUGUCCCUAUCAUGUGCAUGAUUCAUAAAGGUAUUGCGCCUGAAAAUAAGUAUAAUUUUAAGCCUUAG